AUGCGUGUCACCACCGCUGUCUUCGGCGCCCUCGCCGCCACCGUCGUGGCCGCCGAUGAGAUCCGCUUCAACAACAUCCACAAGAGAAUCGAGCCGACCAAGAUCAUCCAGGUCCUUGAGGCCCGCGGCACGCCCGAGUGCACCAGCGCCAUCUACGCCUUCGUCGACGCCGUCACCGGCUCCGACCCCCUCCCCACCCCGCCCCUGGAGCUCGAGAACUGGGCCGCCACCGCCGACCUCGCCAGCUCCGCCGCCGACCCUUGCGAGACCUUGUCCGUCACCGGCUCCAUCGCGCCCGUCUACACCUCGUGGUACAGCUCCAUGGAGUCGUGGCGGGCCGCCCAUAUGUCCGAGAUGAGGGACGUCUGGCACGAGUGCACCGACAUUCCCCUCGUUUCCGCCGAGGUCCAGAGCAUCCUUCAGUCGGGCGGCCUCUGCAGCAGCAAGCUGGCCGAGCUCACCUCCGAGGGCUCCGGCACGGCCGCCGCUACCGGCACGACGGGUGCGGGUGCGGGAGCGGCGACGGCCACCCCGAACUUCGCCCCCCGGGAAACCGGCAUGGCGUUUGCCGCCGCAGCGGCCGCCGGCUUCGUCUUCGCUGCGAUGCAGUAG